AGACGGCCCGAGCGCAUUGGGCAGCCCAAUUUUACCUUUACUCCCGCGGGACACCUCUCAGUUCCUCCUAUCCCCGAUGGAUAUGCGUGCUAUGGCAGAAUGCUGUGCGCCAGCGUAUCCAAUGAUGGACUAGGCUCGCAACAGCCACGUUACUUUGAGUACAUGCGCGACGUCUCCGGACAACCCGAGGUUCAGAGCUCCGGUAGCGCAAGACGGCGGCACCGUGAGCGAUCUGCAAUCAAGCAUGUUAUACCCUCGCAAGAUGUGGGCUAG